AGGGUUAGGAAGCAGAAAAAGAGGAGACCGGGCAACUGCACACAGCCUCGUAGUAGCUCCGAGGAAGGACGGCGCUCCUCUGUCCCUGAGCCCGCGGAGACGACCAGGGGGCUCCUCCCCCGGCUCCGACACGUGCAGGAAGCAGUCCGGUCAUGCUGAAGAAGGCUUGGUGUCCUUUGAGGAGGUGACCGCCUGUCUGUCCAAGGAGGAGCGGACUGUGCUGGAUCCAGGCCAAAGGGCUCUGUAGAAAGACGCCUUGCUGCGGAUCUGUGGGAAUGUGACUUCUCUGGGUGGAAGGCAGGAAAAAAGCAUUAUAUGGAUCCCUUUGUGGUGUCUUUGGAAACAAGCAAGCACAGAGUGGGAAAAGAGACAUCUGGGAAUAGAAGUGACUUAAAAGGCAGAAGGAAAAUCAAUGAAAGAGAAAAUCCUGUACUUUGCAGGGUGCUGUUAUCGAUGAACUCUGGAUCCCCUAGGAAGACCACUAAGGGAAAAGAAAGGGAAAGUGUUCAGUGUGGGAGAAAAUAUUAAAAAGUAAGCCAAAGUAAAAUUGCGGCACCUACAGAGGGGAAAAACUAUAUCAAUGCAUGGAGUGUGAAAAGUGUUUCAGACUCUCACCAGCUUACUCCACAUGAAAGAACCCAUAUAGAACAGAAAGCAUAUGAGUGCAUCGAAUGUGGAAAGAGGUUCAGCAUGACCUCUCACCUUACUUUGCAUCAAAGAACGCAGACGGGGAGAAAUGAUAUGCAUGCAUGAGUGUGGAAGAAGCUCCAGUCAGAAGGGCCACCUUACUCAACAUAAAUGUACGCAUGCAGAGGAGAAACUGCAUGAAUACAUGUAGUGUGGAAAGUCCGUCCGUAUAAGAACUCAGCUUACUUUAUAUCAAAGAACCCAUACAGGGAAGAAAACGUAUAUAUGUACUGAAUGCGGAAAGAGCGUCAAUAUGAGAAAUAAGCUUACUUUACAUCAAAGAAUCCACACAGGAGAAAAACUACAUAAAUGCAUAGAGUGUGGGAAAAACUUCAGUGAUAGAAGUGUUCUAACUGUACAUCAAAGAAUCCACACAGGAGAAAAACCCUAUAAAUGUGCAGAGUGUGGAAUGAACUUCAGUCAGAGGCAUCACCUUACUUCGCAUCACAGAACCCACACAGGGAAGAAGCCAUAUAAGUGUCUGGAGUGUGGAAAGAGUUUCAGCUGUAGUCGAAGCCUAGCUUCCCAUCACAGAACCCAUACAGGGGAGAAGCCAUUUAAUUGUCUGGAAUGUGGAAAGAGUUUCAGUCACAGUAGUAGCCUUCCUUUACAUCAAAGAACCCACACAGGAGAGAAACCAUAUAAAUGCAUAGAGUGUGGUAAGAGCUUCAGUCAGAGCCAACACCUUACUUCACAUCACAGAACCCACACAGGGGAGAAGCCAUAUAAGUGUCUGGAGUGUGGAAAGUGUUUCAGUUGUAGUAAAAGCUUUUCUUUACAUCAACGAACCCACACAGGAGAGAAACCAUAUAAGUGCAUAGAGUGUGGAAAAAGUUUCAGUUGGAGCCAAAGCCUUACUUCGCAUCAUAGAACCCACACAGGGGAGAAACCAUAUAAAUGUAUGGAGUGUGGCAAGAGCUUCAGCGGUAGAAAAGAGCUAACUGUACAUGAAAGAACCCACACAGGAGAAAAGCCAUAUAAAUGUACAGAGUGUGGGAAAAGUUUCAUUCAGCGCCAACAACUUAAUUCACAUCACAGAACCCACACAGGGGAGAAGCCAUAUACAUGUAUGGAGUGUGGAAAGAGUUUCAGUCAUAGUGGAAACUUUACUUUACAUCAAAGAACCCACACAGGAGAGAAACCAUAUAAAUGCAUAGAGUGUGGUAAAAGUUUCAGUCGCAGCCAAAGCCUUACUUCCCAUCACAGAACCCACACAGGAGAGAAACCAUAUAAGUGUCUGGAGUGUGGAAAAAGAUUCACUCGUAGUAGAAGUCUUUCUUUACAUCAAAGAAUCCACACAGGAGAGAAACCAUAUAAAUGCAUAGAGUGUGGAAAAAGUUUCAGUCGCAGCCAAAGUCUUACUUCCCAUCACAGAACCCACACAGGGGAGAAACCAUAUAAAUGUAUGGAGUGUGGCAAGAGCUUCAGUGGUAGAAAAGAGCUAACUGUACAUGAAAGAACCCACACAGGAGAAAAGCCAUAUAAAUGUACAGAGUGUGGAAAAAGUUUCAUUCAGCGCCAACAACUUAAUUCACAUCACAGAACGCACACAGGGGAGAAGCCAUAUAAGUGUCUGGAGUGUGGAAAAAGUUUCACUCGUAGUAGAAGUCUUUGUUUACAUCAAAGAACCCACACAGGAGAGAAGCCAUGUAAGUGUCUGGAGUGUGGAAAGAGUUUCAGUCAGAGUAGUAGCCUUUCUUUACAUCAAAGAACCCAUACAGGAGAGAAACCAUAUAAAUGCACAGAGUGUGGAAAACGUUUCAGUCAGAGCCAUCACCUUACUUCACAUCACAGAACCCACUCAGGAGAGAAGCCAUACAAGUGUUUGGAGUGUGGCAACAGUUUCAGUCAUAGUGAAAGAUUUACUGUACAUCAAAGAAUCCACACAGGGAAGAAGAACGUAUGGAGUGUGGAAAAAGCUUCAGAUGUAGAAAUUUUACUAAACAUGAAAGAACCCACACAAAAGAAAAGCCACAUGAAUGCAUAUAGUGUGAAAAAAAGUUUCAGUCAGAGCCAGCCCCUUACUUCAAAUCACAGAACCCACACGGAGGGAAACCCAUACAAGUGUCUGGAGGAUGGAAAAUGCCUCUGUCAUAGUCAGCAGCUAACUUGACAUCAAAGAACCCACAGAGGGGCGAAACCAUAAAAAUGUCUUGAAUGUGGAAAGGUUCAGUGCGAGCUCUUACCUUAAUUUGAACCACCAGUAUCGUCUUACUGCACACCAAAGAACCCACACAGGGAAGAAAGCAACAAUGCAUGGAAUGUGGAACGAACUUCAGUCAUAGCAAAAGCAAAGGAAGUGGCUGCAUCAUGGCCCUGCUUUCAGACUAUGGCCUUGCAACAUUUUAUCUGCUCCUAGAAACGGUUGACAUGGAUAAUUUUGAACCCAACUUCCAGAGUAUUGAUUUCAGCAACAAGGAAACCAAAUUGAGAAUCAGCUAAUGUCUGGGAUAGGUGGAUAGCUUUCCCUAGUUCUCCAUUAAUCCCUUGUACCCACUGCCAACUGAUUAAAUUCUCACCAAGACCCUUACUGUCAUGCCAUGCUCCUCCUCCCACACUCUGAGGGAUCUUCUCUCUCCUCCAACAUAAACAGUAAUCAUGGUUCAUUCUUGACUGGCCUGUUUGUCCUUCGUAACAAAAUGAAGAAGGAUGUUGCUGUCAGAUAUUAGCUUAUACAAUUUGGGCAGAUGCAAGUCAAUAAACCUUGACGUGGCUAACAUUACUACGUUGCAACCGUUCCUGGGACCUGCUGGUGAAGGACAGGUGGUGGUGGUAACAAGAACAAGAAUAAGAAUAGGUCCUGUGAUCUUGUUGCCACAGUUGACUUCUGGGCUUGUUGCUGGGUUUGAUCAUUUUCUUUGUUUCUCUGUUGAAUGGAUCGUUAUUGCUGAUGAGAAGCUGUUUCAGAUUAGGGUGUUGUUUUUAUGCAAGGAGGAAUCUAUCCCUGCAGCCUUGUGCAAGGGAAGUGGAAUAUUAAGGUGACGUUGAUAAAAGUAACAGAACUGAGAGUUGACAAUUUCUAGAUUUACAUUAGGAAAACUUGUAGAAGAUGAGGUUUAUCUACAUUUGAGAGACAGUGUCAUGUGGUGGUUAGAGUGUCAGACUGGAGCCUGGACAACCAGGGUUCAAGUGCCUGCUAGGUCAUGAAGCUCACUAGAUGACCUCGGGCCAGUUAGCUCAGCCUAACCUACUUCACAGGGUUGUUGUGGGGAUAACAUUGGGAGGGGGAGAGCCAUGUUCAUAUGCCACCUUGAGCUCCUUGCAGGAAAGGUGGGAUAUAGAUGGAAUAAACAAACAUGCAUUUCUUUUUCAAACACACACUCAAUUUAUCUGUAUGAGAGAAGGCUGAUGGGACCAAACCUAUAUCCUUGUGGUGCUGGCUGUCAUGGUUUUUUCUUGAGCUGGGUUACGGGUUAAAGAUACAAAAUGGUUGUUUGGUGCUUCUUAACUGGGGCUCUUGGGCAGGAGAUCGUGGUGAACCUGAGAUCCCAUCAGAGUUGGCAGCCCCUACAGGUAAAAAAGGGGGUGGAUAGGUAAGUGUCAGACAGAAGGGGUGGCGGAGAGAGAGAGAGAGAGAGAGAGAGAGAGAGAGAGAGCAGCUUUGUAGCUGGGACUACACAGGCAGAACAAGUGCAGACUCUAAGGAGGCUUGAAGGCCUCUUGGUCCUCCAGGGACUGUCUCUGAGGAUCUGCUGUGGCAGAGCAGAUCUUCCACCUCGUCCAUGAAUGGGAAACUGCACUAAAGUCCAUCAAGCCCAGAAUUCCUAUUUCCCUCAGAUGACAGACAGCUACCGUGGAAAACCCCCAAACGUAGGUAGAGUUAAGUUUCAAAGUCUUAAUUUUGAUUAAUUAAUUAAUAUGACAGGUUGUAAUCUUGGCAGAGAAUAGCUGUUCCCUCUUGUGGCAUAAGUGAUAAGGGUGUGUAUUUGUAUUCUCUUUUGUAAUUCUUGCUUUUUAUUAUGCCAGCAAACAGUUUCCUUAUACUUCCCCCUUCUUUAGCUGCAGCCAGCACAGCCAAUGGGGAGGGAUGGGGAGAGUUGGAGCCCAACAGCAUUUGCAGGGCCAAAAGGUCUCUCUCCAAAAAAUGAGGGUUCAGCAAAAACAUCAUCGGGGGCAAAUGCACAACCAACGCAGAGACAGACAAAUGCUGGUUGGGCUGUUUAUCUGACAACCAGGGAACUAGCAAACACCCCCCUAUCACGGCAAGACCUUUGCCUUAAAAGAGAUUGAAGCACAGUAGAAAAGGAAGGAGUCCACAGGUGGACUGCCACCGCAUGGCCUGGAUGGUUCCAGAAUCCCCUUAUUAUGGCACCCAAUAUUAUUGUUCGUGAAUGCCAAGGGGGCAGGGCUGCAGCUGAGUGGUUGAGCAUCGCCUUGCAUGCAGGAGGUCCCGGGUUCAAUCCUGAGCGGCAUCUCCAGGUGGAGCUGGGAGAGAGGGCCUGCCUGGAACCCUGGGGAGCCCCUGCCAGUCAGUGUAGACAAUACUGAGCCAGAUGUACUGAUGGAUCUGACUCAGUCAUGUUCGUAAACACGCUCACUGAGGCCUAACUCAGACCGGGAAUCCUGAACCAGAGUGUUUGAAACAGAACUUUAAAAAGGUCAAGAGAGAGCUCUGUAGCCAUCAUUAUAUUUCUACAUGCUACAUAUGCUGCAGCAUGUUUCCACAAAAUUGGUAAAUGUAAAACUGCAACACAGGGCAGACACAACCAGCCCUCCUGCUGAAAGGGAGUCUUUGCCAAUUAGGGAAGAGGUUGGCGACCAGAUGCGGCUGGGUAGAAGUUGAAAGCCGAUUGGAAAAGAUCUCAAGGGCCAUACAUUUAAAGGACAUCCACUGCACAUUUAAAGCACGUGAUUUCCCCAAAGAAUUGCGGUCAUUUUAUAAGCUUCUCUGGUGAAGUGCAGCCCCUUCCCUGAAUGUAUUCCGCCAAGCUUUGAAGACCUGGCUCUUCAGACAGGCCUGUGGGACUUCCGGGGAGGGUUAAAUUUUUACGACGAAUAGCCUACUACUCUGUACUGUAACUGUUUUAUUGUUUUAUUGUAUUUUAUGAUGUAUUUUAUUAUGAUGUAAUGU